AAAAUAUUCACAAUGGCAUCCAAAUUUGUCACAUUGUUCGCUCUAUUUGCUGCUGCCGCUGCACAGCAUUAUGGCUCGAAUGAUUAUCAGCAGCCACAGUAUCACGCUCAGCCAGCUUUGCUGAAGACCAUUCAGCCUGCUUUGGUCAAAACUGUCCAGCCAACUCUGGUUAAGGCUGUGAAGCACGAGGAAUACCCCGAUACGCCAGCUGAAUAUCAGUUCGCGUAUGAAGUGCACGAUGAUCACACCGGAGAUAUCAAGAGCCACCACGAGGAACGCAACGGAGACAAUGUCAAGGGAUACUACACUUUAGUCGAUGCUGACGGUUACCGUCGUAUCGUUGAGUACAGCGUUGAUGGACAUAGUGGAUUCAACGCCGUUGUCCGUCGUGAACCUUUGGAGGGACAUAAGAUUGUGAAGGCUGUGGCACCAGUCACCAAGAUCGUUGCCCCAGUGAAGGUGUUUGCCCAGGCUCCAGUUCACCAUUACCAGCCAGCACCAGCAAAGGUUUAUAGUGCUCCUGUGGCUAAAGCUGCUCUCCCAGCCGUAGCCAAGGUGGCUUAUGCUUCACAUCAGAAAACCGUGAACCAUGUUCAGUUCAGUGGACACUCUACUAAUUAUAACUAUUGA